UAAAACUUGUAAAAUACACACAAAUUAUUAUUGCAGCCUGGAGGCCAUUGCAAUUCAAAGCCCAACCCACAGCCCACUAUUUCAUGACUUUCAUCCACAUGCAAUUCGCCCCUCUUCUUCUACCCUAACUCCGCCUCUCUUCAUCUGCCUUCACUCCGCCGAUCACCAAUCUUCCGCAUCCUAACUUCGUACACCAUCCGUAUAUCCACACCAGAGGUAACGGUGAAUCUGAUGAUCUCCUCCUGUCCUGGUCCAACGUGGUUUGCAUCCAAAAAGUAGAGUCAUCGCCUCAUCGGUUAAUCCGAUACUUGUUGGUGAUUGGUGUAAUUCCUAAAGAUUAAUUAUAUUUUUCAAGCAGUAUACUAUGCUUUAGAAGUUGUAAAUUUGUAAGCUUUGGGGUCUGGGGUCUGAUUAAGGUGCUCUAUUCUCCGACCUACAACAACGUUCAAACCUUCAAUUCUCUCCUACUACUCCACGAAGCUCAACCGCCCUUCAUCCAAACGCGGGCUAAAGGAAGUGCUGGUCACGCCUUAUCAACCAACGUUGAAGCUAAAAUUGCAGCCUCCACCUGCAAACGACCGAAUUCAAAAUGCCCUGCCCUCAGUCGAAGUUGUGAUUUACACGGCUUUGAAGAUGAGUAGCUCAGACGAAGAAUCAGACUUAAGUGAGUCUGAGAUCAAUGACUACAAGGAGAAACCUUAUGAAGAUCUGAGGUCAGGUAAAUUUAAAGUAAAAGGUCCAAAUGGGUGCCUUCGAUGUCCAUUUUGCGCGGGGAAGAAGAAACAAGAUUACAAGUACAAGGAUCUUCUUCAGCAUGCUACAGGAGUUGGCAAAGGUUCUGCAAACAGAAGGUUAAUACAGAAAGCAAACCACUUGGCACUGGCGCAGUACUUGGAGAUAGAUCUAGCAGAUGAGGCUGAACCACAACCAGAACGAGCAGUUCAACCGGUCCAUGUCGCUUCUGAACAGAAUAACCUGUAUUGCUGGCCUUGGAUAGGCAUUGUUGUGAAUGUACCGGAAAAAGCAUCUGAGAAUGCAGUAGAGGAGGAAGAGUUUUGGUUAAAGAGGUUUUCAAAAUAUGGGGCUCAGGAGGUGAAGAUCUUCUGUGAUGAUAAGUUUCGCACUUCCGAACUUGCUAUCAAAUUCAAAAGAGAUUGGACCGGUUAUAAGAAUGCAUUGGAGUUUGAGAUGGCAUUUGUGGCUGACUGCUGCAGUAAGAGAGACUGGAAUGCUCAAAGGUGCUCACCUGGAUCAAAUAUAUACGGUUGGUUCGCAAGAGAGGAUGAUUACCAUUCAGAUGGGGCAAUUGGUUAUUACCUCCGCGAGAUAGGGCAGUUGAAAACCAUCACUGAUCUUGAACAAGAAGAAAAGAUGGACAAGAUCAAAGUUGUUGCUGAUCUAGCAAUUGAGAUUGAUUUGAAGAAUAAAAACCUUGAUGAACUGCAGACAAGAUUCAAUGAGAAGACCUUGUCCCUGAGUAGAAUGCUUGAGGAAAAGGACAUACUUCAUCGUGCUUUUUGUGAAGAGUCUAGGAAGAUGCAGCGUCUUGCACGGGAGCAUGUCCAAAGGGUCUUGCAUGAACAAGAAAGUCUGAAUACGGAAUUGGAGAACAAGAAGAAGCAGCUUGAUUCUUGGAGCAGAGAACUGAACAAGCGUGAAGUAUUGACUGAGCGUGAAAAGCAAAAACUUGAAGAGGAGAAGCAAAAGAAUGAUGCAAGAAACAGUUCACUUGAAAUGGCCUCCGAGGAGCAGAAAAAAGCUGAUGAAAAUGUGUUAAGGCUUGUUGAAGAGCACAAGAGGGAGAAGGAUGAGGCCCUGCAAAAGAUACUCAAGUUGGAGAAGGACAUUGAUGCCAAGCAGAAACUUGAAAUGGAAAUAGAAGACCUGAAUGGAAAACUGGAGGUGAUGAAGCAUAUGGGCGGGGAGGAUGAUGCGGCAGUGCAGGCAAAAAUUAAGGAGAUGAAUGAGCAGCUGGAAUCUAAAAGGGAGGAGAUGCAAGAUUUGGAUGAAAUGAACAGUGCUCUCCUGAAGAGGGAACGGCAGAGUAACGAUGAGCUGCAAGAAGCCCGCAAAGCACUGCUGCAGGCGCUGCCUGAUAUGCUGAGUGUACGUCAUUCUCAUAUUGGGAUAAAACGAAUGGGUGAAAUUGACUCCAAAGUCUUCCAAAACGUCUGCAAGCAAAGGUUCUCUAGUGAUGAAGCGGAUGUGAAGGCCCUUGAACUUUGCUCUCUAUGGCAGGAGAAAGUGAAAGACUCCAACUGGCAUCCUUUCAUCAUGAUCCGAAAAGAUGAAGACAACUAUGAGGAAAAGCUAAAUGAAGAAGACAAAGAGCUGUGCGAUCUGAAGGAGCAGUGGGGUGAUGAAAUUAAUGGGGCGGUCAUCAAAGCCCUGAAAGAGGUGAAUGAAUACAACCCCAGCGGAAGGUACGUGGUCCCUGAGCUGUGGAACUUCAAAGAGGAAAGGAAGGCCACUUUGAAGGAAGUUAUUGCAUUCAUCUUCAAACAGCUCAAGACUGGGAAGCGGAAGAGGGCUUGAAUAGCCAGUGGAUGGGAGGGCUUAGUUGCACCCUCAUAUAUGAAUACAUUAUAUGAAUAAUCUUUAUGUACUUGAUGUUUAAAUCCUUAUCAAGAUUGUGUGUCAAUAGACAUGACGUUUCACUAGCAAAUGAAGAGCUGAUUGAGUAUGCGAUGUCAUUUAAAAUGAGGUGGCAUGUAUAGUUCACGCACACAAUUAGGGGUAGUAAGGUUGGAUAUCAAAUAGACAAAUACUACGUAUAAAUGUAUAAUGGUAUAUUCAGACUUCAGUUGACUGCUUUUCCAGUGAUAUCAAUACUUAUCAUAAGAAAUAAUGAAGAAUAGAAUACUAAAGUGAAACUUAUAAACAACCUUAGUUAGAUGGCCAUUUCUUUGAUGUAGAAUGAACAGUUUUUCUACUAGAGCAGUAUCCAUCCAUGCCGUUUUGUUACUUUUGUUGUCCUUGACUUGUUUGAGUUACAUUAAAAGAAAAACCUAAAUUUAAUAUUAUUAUGAUUAAUUAAUCAAUAACAAAAAUCCUUGAACUACAUGGGCUAUGUGGGCGGAAAGCUACUAAAAAUGAACAAAUCUCUUCUAAAAAACAAAAAAGCUCUUUUAGAAUUUGUUGAAAUGUUG